CGUUUGUCCCGCGGCGGAGGUGGUGGUGCUGUACCGGGGAUCGAACCGGGCCGGCGGGGCGGUGAGUGGGAGCGGCGGCUCCUCCUGUGGCCACGGCUCCUCCUGUGGCCACGGCUCCUCCUGAGGGAACGGCCGCCGGAGCUGCUGAGGGGGCUGCGGCACCGCUGGCUGCAGCGGGCUGUCCCCGGCCGGGGGGCCGGCCUGCGGCGGAGCUCCUGAAGAGAUAAUGCCAGCCCGUGAGGCCGCUGGCACAUGCAGACCAAUGAGCUCGAUGCCGGUGGGAAAGGCGGUGCCUCACCGUUAUAUUCAGAGCAGCCCGAGAGGCCUUUUCGGUUGCAGUAUCUAUUUUGUACCUAAAAGGUGCAAGGCGGUGCCUCACCGCUUUAUUCAGAGCAGCCCGAGGGGCCCUUUGGGUUGCAGUAUCUAUUUUGUACCUAAAGAGCGCAAAUUGGCCGCUGGGUUCAAGCGGGAGGUUUGUUCCCCUGCCCGAGUAUGGGAAAAUAGCAAGGAAAGCAUCAUUCUGGCCGCGUACAAGGCUCAUGAAAUUCUAAAUCCACAUUGAAACAAAUAUCGUAAUUUUUAAGAUUCCCCUAGAACCCCCUUCUCUAGAAGUGCUUCCUACCCUUACUGGGUAAGCCAUGCCUGUUUCAGCUGAUGAAACUGUGGGGAACCUGGCUGUGAGAGAUACAGUCCUUACUCCAGCUGGAAUUGAAGAAUUACAAGAAUCAUCAUCUAUACAGAAUGUAAAAGCUCGACAAGUCAUAUCAAAAAUCAGUCGGGAGGAACUGGAAGACAGAUUUCUUCGUCUGCGUGAUGACCACAUCCUACUCAAACAGUAUGCCAAUAAGCAAGAGAAGAAAAUUAAAAGAACGACCACCAAGUUAAUACGGCUCAUUAAUGAUAAAAGAAAAUGUGACCAGGCUGGCUCUGGACCCAAGCGGCUGGGUCAGGCUCUGGAGCUGGAAGAAAUGAUUGAGGAUUUGCAAGAAAAAGUUCGUGAGCUUGAGAAACAGAAUGAGAGCCUCCGCCACAAACUCAUUUCAACUAAACAGCAGCUCCAGAUUCAAGGCCACAGGCCUUGUCUCUACAGCUCCGUUCAAGCUCGUGUCAACACUGGUCUCAGAAAAGAGAGAGAGACUGCUGGCAUGCCAGAGCACACCAAGAAGGGAAUGAGAUUUCAAAGUUUAGAAGUGAGAUCAUCUGACCCUGUGCUCCCCAAAUAUGAACAGAGUCUGCUUGAGGAUUCAAGGGCUGAAAUCAGAAAUUUGGAGAGAGUCAUUGAGUCCCAAAAGAACCAAAUUGAAGAACUAGACCGUGCCAGAGAGUUUCUUGGGAGUCAACUAAGAAGGAAAGAAAAGGAAAUUGAAGAAUCCACCCUACGGCUGAAAGAGCAGGGUACAGCAAGCCAAAGGCUAAACAUUCAGGACAAUGUGGAAAUGAUCAAGGUCCGUAAGCAGCUUGCUGAGAAAAGCAAUGCUCUUUCGGCAAUGGAAGGAAGAUUUCUCCAGCUUGAAGAGAACCUAAAGAACUUGAAGACCAACCAUGAUGCUUUAUUAGCAAAAGGUGAUGAACUGAAUGUUCAGCUUAAAGAGGAGCGGUUAAAGUGCUUCAAUCUUCAGAAAGAAUUGCAGUCGGUGACUAUUUCAAACAGAAGGACAGAAGAGUUACAGGAAAGAAUAAAUGAUCUAGAAAAAGAGAACGAACUCUUGAAGGAAAACUAUGAUAAGCUGCAUAACAGUGUCUUCAGUCUACCCCAUGAACAACAAUGGAAAUCAAAGGAACAGCAACUGAAACUGCAAAUUGCUAAACUAGAGACGGCUAUCAAAACUGAUUUAGCAGACAAAAAUGAAAUCCUUGACAAGAUCAAAGUAGAAAGAGACCAAAAGGAAAAGCUGAUGCAAGACAACAAAGACCUGCAGUUACGCUACCUGGAACAAAAACAACAACUAGAUGAUCUGAAAAAUCAAGUGAAGUUUUUAACCAAGGAAAGUGAUGUUGGUAUGGCAGAAUUCAAUGAAAACCUCUUCCAUAUAAAGGAUCAAAAGCAACAAAAGAAUGUGGACCUUCUGUUCUUGGAAAAAGUGGAAAAAGAUAUCCAUAAAGAUUUAGAACACUCCAUGCAGGAGCUGCAGUUAACACAUGCGGAAACAGUGCAAGAACUGGAAAAGACAAGGAAUUUGUUACUUGUGCAGCACAAAAUUAGCAAAGAUUACCAGACUGAAGUGGAAACAAUGACAAGAAAGAUGGAAAAUCUACAGAAAGACUAUGAGUUAAAACUGGAACAAUAUACCCAUCUUCUUGAUAUUAGAGCUGCACGUAUCAGAAAACUUGAAGCCCAACUAAGAGACAUUGUGUAUGAUACAAAACCACUUAAGUCCAGACGAGACGUAUUGCUGAGUGAUCCAGUGGGUGAAUUUGUUGAAACUGUUCGUUUAGAAAGAGGAGAGAACCUUUUUGAAAUUCAUAUCAGCAAAGUGAUCUUCUCUUCUGAAGCUAUGCACACUUUUGGUGACUGGGAACCUGCUACCUUUUGUACUUACGCCUUCUAUGACUUUGAACUUCAGAUAACGCCAGUAGUUCAUGGGAAGAUGCCAUCAUAUGACUUCACUUCUCAGUUUCUUGUGCAGUCUGAUGAUAGCUUCUUUCACUAUAUAAAGGAAAACAGCAUCACGCUGGAGGUUCAUCGUGCCUAUGGCAUAGACUAUGAAACAAUUGCUUCUUGUCAGCUUAAGUUCUGUGAAAUCUUGGAAAACGACGGCAAGAUCUACAACACAGCAAAUUUAGUUGGAAAAACAGGACACAUUCAAAAUUUUGGUACCGUAGAAUACUGGAUCAGAUUACAAGUUCCUAUGGACCGAGCUAUUAUUCCCUACAAACAGAGGCCAAAAGAUGUGGGAUAUAUAACACCCAGUUUUAGGGAACAUGAACAACCAUCCAAGACUCCAGCACUCAAAGUGAAGCAGCGGGCAGCUCAAGCACACAAGAGAGUCUCUUUUCUGGAUGUUAGUGCAAUACAGAUGGCACAUGUACAGGAUGCUAAACAGCUGUCGGGUGACAAAGUGAAGGAGGUGGCUGAAGAAAUUCAGCAGGAGAAAGAAGAGCUCUCUCAUCUGUCAGAGGAGCAGGUGGCUGACCAAAGACUGAUUACUUCUAAAGAUGAGAUAGAAAUAAUUGAAGAAUUGGAACCAGAAGAUCAAGAAGAUCAUCAAGAGGAUGAUGCUGUUGAAUCAAUAAAAACUGACAGUGAUGACUGUAUUAUUUCAAGUCCAGUAUCCACAAAUAUUAAACAGCUGAGUCAGAGUGUACAUGGCAAUUAUUUGGAAGCUGAAAAAAUUCAGAUUAAAAUUACAUCACUUGGUCUUACUGAGUCACGAAUUACAGCAGAUGAAACAAUACAGCAGCUGUUUGUAGAAUGCAGAUUAAACAAUUUCCUUGCAGAGGAGACCCCGCUGUCACUUCCAAAACCACCUGGUGGUCAGAGGAUUCACUAUAACUAUAGCACUGUGAUAAAUGUGGAUAAGGAAGAUAAUCAUGCAGAAAGAGAGUAUCUCAAGUCAAUUCUUCUAAAGCCAGAUCUACCUGCUCACAGCCUAAAAUUUACAGUGGUCAGUGAUCCCCCAGAAGAUGAGCAAGAUCUUGAAUGUGAGGAUAUUGGUUUUGCUUAUGUCAGUUUAAAAGAGAUAUUCCAGAAGCAAAGAGAUAUCAUUGAGCAAGAUAUUGAUGUUUUUGAUUCCCAGGAUGCCAGUGCAGUGAUUGGGAAGCUCACGGUGACUGUGGCAGCCCUCAGUGCUCUGCGUUCAGUCCUGCAGGAAUGCAGAAGGGAUUAGGAGGCAGGAAAGGGACAUCUGCCUCUUAAAGUUCCUGCUCCCUGUGUAAAGAUACACUUGAUGGUUCAUCAAAAAUGAGAUCUGUAUCAUUCUUAUAGUAUAUUUAAUGUAAAGUGUAUAUGAAAAAGAUGCUUGAUGUCCAGGUAUAAAGUUUUAUACAUUUUUUAGUCUGUUUCUUUUUAAGGUCCUUGUUGAAUCAUACUUCAGGCUCUCAACACUUGAUUAACAAUCUAACUUCAUCCCAACGAACUUUGGUUUCAAAUGCAAGCUUGUAAAUUAUCAGAUACCAAUUGAGAGCAUUUUGUUGAAGGAAAUGAGUGAUGGUGAACCUUCAAACAGAAAUGCUUGUAGAUUCUUACUAAGAGUAGUUCUGUCACAAUGCUCUGUCAGAGUGCAAUCGUUCCUGGUAGAAGUGGCCUCAGGUAGUUUUUAGUCCAGGAUUAGGUGUUAUGUUACUCAGGGCUGUAUCCAGCCUCCUCUGAGAACUUCCAAGGACAGGCACUGCUUAACUGCUCUGCACAACCUGUUCCAGUGCCUGGCUGUUCUCAUAAGGAAAAAAGGAGAUGCAUUUCUACACAUUCCUUCAAUCCAAAUUGAAGCCAAAGCUAGAUCUAGGCAUGUGGAGCAGCUUUUGCACUUAAUACACCAUCUAAUAAUUUAAUUUGUUUUGGUUUGGUUUGUUUGUUUUUUUUUUUUAAUUCUAGGGAUGGCAUGUUUAUAAUUUGUUUCAGCCAUUUAACAUUUUGCACAGAAAUAAAAAUAACAAAGCCUUUUAGUGUUGAUUUUCAUGCUUUGCAGUAUACCAUCACAUUUUUAUCCAUUUUUGUGAAGCAGUUGACAAAAAAUAGCUGUUAUUUUUAUCAAAGUGGUUUGCUCAGGUAAUGUUUCUGUAGAUUUUAGUGGUAAACAAUUUGUUAUGGUUUAUUCCUGGGUUUGGAGUUUUUUUUAUAUUAGGCUUAGAUUAUUUUAAGAGUAAGGAUAGCUGCAACAGUGCAAGGCAGGUCUUCCACACAAUUAGCAAUUAUUUGUUUCAUAUUUUUGUUAAAUGCAGAAUUAUUUCCUUGUGUAUUAAAGUCACAAGAACUGAACCAUUCUUGAAAAAAUGUUACAAAAAUGUGGUCCUUCUACUGCUACCAAAAAAAAAUCAAUAAAAUAAACUCUCUUGCUUGUUAUAAA